GCGGAUUGAGCUGCUCUUCCCGCUUCGAGCUCGAGCUGCUUCGAGCGCCGUUUGGCGGAUGACAGUUUAUUUUCACAGAGGGCCUGUCUGAGCAGAAGAACGAACAUUUACAUCCUCAGCUACGGGAACCGAAGCGCUUUUCGUCAAGAUGAGACUGCUUAUUCCCAAAUAACACAAAAGAAGAAGUCCUGCUUGUCCUCGUCCAUAUGAUGGCAGUAAAGAGCAUCCAGCUUCUAAUUUUGAAUAAAAAGAUGCAAACAUAUCACAGAAUGAUAGUAUACAAUCUAUAGAAAAAAGUACCCAUAGGCCUAUAGUUUGUUGGGUACAGAUAUACUCGAAGUGAUGCGCUUGUGUGUGUUUUUCUUGGGUGAGCUGGAGUGAACUUAUGCUCAUGAGCAGAAAGACCAACGACCAAAGUCAGGAUUUUGGAUUUUCAUAUUACAUUGCAUUUAAAUUUUUGUUUAUUUUUAAACAAAACAAAAUUGUUUUUUGGUUUUAAUCAUAUACCUUCAGAACACUUGGGAGAAUAUGGCACAAGUCGUAAGGGAUCAUUCUGUGAUUUUUUUUUUUUUUUUACUUGAAGCCAGUCACUGUACACUGGUAUUAUAUAGACAAGCACUAGCAGAAAAUUUCUAAUUUAGUGUCCUGUAAAAGAAUAUGCCAUUAGAACAACAAAUAAUGACUUACUUUUCAUUUUUGGGUGAACUAUCACAGUUUGCUCUAGUACAGUGACAAUAUAAAAGCCAACUGUAUUAUUUUGGAAUCAGACAGGUCCAGUUAUGCUUUUGAUUUAAAAAAACAAACAAAAAACCGCUUGGCUUUUUUCACGUCCUCAAAAUGCAUCUAACGCAUUCUUAUCAGUGAAAUGCUCCCAAGCUUGUCCUAGUGUAAAAGCACCGUGUACAUUUUCUUCCAGGGUGGUUAAUAUGUUCCUGCAAAUCCUCCAGUAAAGGAUCAUCUGAUGCAUCGCUGUAAGAGAUGCGAGAUUUAAUUGCAUUUAAUUGCCUGAAGUGGCUGACCAUUGACGGCCUGAUGCUGCUUCUUGCUGAAAGCGCUUGUGGUACGAGCAUACAGGAAGGAACUGUGUGUCUGUUAGUUAGCGGCUCACGCAUCUGCGUCACUGAGGGAAGCUCUUACCUUUUUCAUAUCUGAAAUCUGAACGCAACUUUUGUCUGCAAGUCAUUCCCGGCAUUAUGCGUCCUAACUGAAACCGUUUGCUUUGUUUAACAGCCAAAGGAUGUGAAUCCCGGCGACCCGUCUGUGCACAACAGCUCUAGCCGAGCCGAGGGGAAAGAGUGCAGUUCGAACAAACAUGAGGCUGCUGGCCUCCUCGCCACACCGACUACAACAAACACGCAUCGUUCCAGUGGAGUUUUAACCCCUGCAGGAGUGCAGACUGCUUGGUCCACCGAGGCUGGUGAAGAAACACAGGUAUGUAUGAGCACACGCAGAUAUAACCGCCCCUUCCUUUGGUUCGACGCCCUCGAAUAGCGAACAAAAUACUAGAGCGAGAGAAAGCGAGCGAGAGACUGAGGGUCCCAUGUGCCAUUGGGCAGCAGGGCUUUCGCCAUGAGCAGUACUCUGGGCAAAGAUAAAGACUCUAAGGAGAGGGAACCCAAAGCCGAAGGGAAAUCCAAAACCAAAGGGAAAGAUGCCAAAGACGGGAAGAAAGACACAAGCGGCGCUUCGCCCGCAGUGGCCUUCACCUUGGACAGCACGAUAAAGCGGCCCAACCCGCCGCCUAGCACGCGCAAAAAAUCCAGCAACGCGGAGGUCAUCAAGGAGCUGAACAAGUGCCGUGAGGAGAACUCAAUGCGCCUGGACCUGUCCAAGAGAUCCAUCCAUCUGCUGCCCUCUUCCAUCAAGGAGCUGACCCAGCUGACCGAGCUCUACCUGUACAGCAACAAGCUGCAAAGCCUGCCGGCCGAGGUGGGAUGCCUGUCGGGGCUGGUGACGCUGGCGCUCAGCGAGAACUCUCUCACCAGCCUGCCCGACUCGCUGGACAACCUGAAGAAGCUGCGUAUGCUCGACCUGCGGCACAACAAGCUGCGGGAGAUCCCGGCCGUGGUCUACCGCGUCACCUCCCUCACCACGCUCUACCUGCGCUUUAAUCGGAUCACCACCGUGGAGAAUGACAUCAAGAAUCUGUCCAAACUCACCAUGCUCAGCAUCCGAGAGAACAAGAUUAAACAGCUGCCCGCAGAGAUCGGUGAGCUCUGUAAUUUGAUUACGCUGGAUGUAGCCCACAACCAGCUGGAGCACCUUCCUAAAGAGAUCGGCAAUUGCACUCAGAUCACCAACCUUGACCUGCAGCACAACGAACUUCUUGACCUACCUGAGACUAUAGGUAACUUGUCAAGUAUAAACCGUCUGGGUCUGAGGUACAACCGUCUAUCAGCGAUCCCUCGAUCUUUAUCGAAGUGCCGAGAGCUGGAGGAACUCAACCUUGAAAAUAACAACAUCUCAGUGUUACCAGAGGGUCUUCUCUCCAGUCUGGUGAACCUGACGAGUCUGACGCUGGCACGAAACUGUUUUCAGUCUUACCCAGUGGGCGGCCCGUCCCAGUUCUCCACCAUCUACUCACUCAACAUGGAGCACAACCGUAUCAACAAGAUCCCUUUCGGCAUCUUCUCCCGAGCCAAAGUGCUCAGCAAGCUCAAUAUGAAGGACAACCAGUUAACGUCUCUUCCGCUGGAUUUUGGGACGUGGACCAGUAUGGUAGAGCUGAACCUGGCAACAAACCAGCUUACCAAGAUUCCAGAGGAUAUCUGUGGACUUGUGUCUUUAGAGGUCCUCAUAUUGUCCAACAAUCUUUUGAAGAAGUUGCCUCAUGGAAUAGGAAACUUACGGAAACUGCGAGAGCUUGACCUGGAGGAGAACAAACUGGAGUCCCUCCCGAAUGAGAUUGCCUACCUUAAGGAUCUGCAGAAACUUGUGUUGACCAAUAAUCAGCUGACCACUUUGCCAAGAGGAAUCGGUCACCUGACCAACCUGACAUACCUGGGCUUGGGAGAGAACCUGCUGCAGCACCUACCUGAGGAGAUCGGUACACUGGAGAACCUGGAGGACCUGUACCUGAAUGACAACCCCAACCUGCACAGUCUGCCGUUCGAGCUGGCGCUCUGCAGUAAGCUAUCCAUCAUGAGCAUAGAGAACUGUCCCCUCAGUCACCUCCCGCCGCAGAUCGUCGCCGGAGGCCCUUCCUUCAUCAUCCAGUUCCUCAAGAUGCAGGGUCCCUACCGUGCCAUGGUCUGAGAUGGCUCACACACUGUACAAAGAGGAAACUGAAUCGCCACACGACGUUACCUUCGUCGUCAUUAUAUCUCGGACAAGAAACGGCUUAACUGGGUUCCAAUCGAUGGAGGAAUCAUAGCCAGUUAGGUCCCCUUUACCCCCGUAGUAAACAAUGUCUAGACUUCAGUUGCCAAAAUUAAUGUACAUUAGUGAUUCUGAAGAGGCGCUCUUAAAAGGUUUCAGUCAUUUUGCCAAUUUAUUGAAAGUCAUUAUAGGGGUUUUGACGCCAGGAAACAGUUGUAUGCAAAAACAAAACAUUUUUACAAGUUCAUUUUUGCUGCUGCUGCCGCCGCCAUACUGUAUGUGA